AUGACGAACAUCCGAGCGGCCGAAAUUCAACAACUUCAGCAGCGACUGACAAAUGAGCCGAAUAAAAUAUCAAGAUCUUCUUCCGCCCAUCCAAUGUCACAUCCUCAUCUAAAUGCUCCUCAGCCACCUUCAAAUCCUCCAAAAAGCUACUUUAUGAACCAAGAUAAUCCCGAGCGAUAUCAUAAAUCUGGCUAUACAGGAUAUCUGCCGAGAUCACGAGAUUUCUACGCCGCCGGUCUAUCAACCGUCAGCACAUCAGCUCUUUCGCGAAUGGACUCCGAACUACAGACAGGACGGUAUUGUCCCUUCCCUCGACAAGGAUUGAAACCACAUGAGCGGCCACAAACUGACUCGCGUCUCACGCGAGGAAUGGGAAUGAAGCCAGGCUAUACCGGUUAUAUUCCAGGAUCGCGAUACGAGUUUGCAAAGACUUACGGUAAAAUCACCUUCCACACGUUCAACAAAGACCUCUAA